AUAACAUUUUCCAAGAAACAAGAAAACAUGGACCCACGAGCCUUGCCCUUCACCGUUCUCGCCAUCCUCAUCGCAGCCACAACUUUAGCCAACAGCUACUCCCCUCCUCCUCCUCCAACCACCGUAUACCCCGCCGCGAAAACGGUAGAAGCUGCAGUCGAAGGAAUGGUGUACUGCCAAUCCUGCGACAAGUUCGGAUCAUGGUCCUUGGCCGGAGCAGAAGCCAUAGCCGGAGCCAAGAUCAGCGUCAUCUGCAAGAACCACAGGCAGCAAGUGAGCUUCUACAAAGUCUUCCAAACCGAUUCGUACGGCCACUUCUACGGCGAGCUCAAAGGCCUUAAAAUGACUCCGCAUUUCUUGGACCAUCCUCUCCACGCUUGCCGUGCCAAACUCGUAUCCUCUCCACGCGAGGAUUGCAAUCUCUUCUCCAACAUUAACAAUGCUUUGGACGGUGCUUCGUUACGGUAUGAGGAGAAGAGGCUCAAGUGGACCAACUACGAGGCUGUGGUUUACGCCGCUGGUCCGUUGGCUUUCCGUCCCGACCAUUGUCCCGAGAGUACUGCACCACCGCCUACUUACUGA